AGGGCACUACUUCAAGACGAACCUGAGAUAUCGAGCCAACAAAUAGUACGCUCAUUGUCCCAGCAGAUUCUAUAAAUGGCGCGGCAUGUUUCCUUUUUCAAGGUCACGUGGUAUCACAAAGUCGAGCCCCGCCAUCUUCCCUCACACCGGAUGUCUGGUGCAGCCGUGUUGACCUUCGAAUCAAUCUUUCCCUAGUUCUGCAUUUCUGCAAGGCCGAAAACUUGACAUACGACCAACGACUCACGAGACAUGGCUCCAUCCGCAAUCACCGAAGAUUACUACCAGAUACUCGAAGUCGAUCCAACUGCCGAACUGGCGCUAAUCGUCAGAUCGUACAAGCGGCUGGCACUAAAGCUCCAUCCAGACCGUAAUCCCAAGCGGGACGCUACCGAAGCAUUUCAAAGGCUUUCGAAAGCCUACGAGACGCUGAGCAACGAGGAUGAACGGCGCAGAUACGACCUCAUCUACCCUUCCAUCAAAGGGAAAACGGCCGAGUCUUCGCAGCACACAACAGAGCAGCAGUACUCGAAUUUCGCCCGGUCGCCGGGACCCUUGAGCGAAGCCACACGGGUUGCCGCGAAGGUUGCCGCGAUUCACAAGUCGAAACACGAACGUGCUACAAAAUGGCGGGUAAUGAACAUGACGUUCGAGUCGUCGAUCUUUGAGUUGAAGAGGGUGAUUCGGCGAUUGGAACAAGAAAUCAAAGAUCUGGAAAGCAUCCUAGAAGCUGAGGCGGCAGACGAGGCAUACAAGAACAGUUGGAGUGCAUGGCUGCUGGCGCCCAUAUAUAAGACGGCGGAAGAUACUGAAGAAGAGAAGGACCGUAAGGAUAGGGAGAGGCAGGAAAGAAGGAUAGAGAAAGACAUGAAGGAACGGCGGCUAUAUCAUCAAAAAGCGGCAUUGGCGACUGUGGAAACCUCGAUGAGAACUUCGAAGAAUGAGUUCGACACUGCGGACUCAAGGGACGACGUGGAGAUACAAGUUCUUGAAAAGGCUCUACAGGCAAGAAUGCAUCGGUUUCGGAGAGAAAGGGAGAAUGCGGGAAGAGAAAAGUUGCGUCAACAGCAGCAGGAGCAAUGGGGAGAAAGCCAACGUGAAGCGGCCGAAGCAGCGAGACGCCAAAGGGAGCACAGAGAGAAAUGGCUACGCCAAGCAGCAGAAGCAGCAAGACAGCAACAGGCGGCCAUGCGCACGGCACAAGGGCUAAGAGAGGAAGAGUACAACAUCAGAUGGCGGCGAAAUAAUGGAGAGGGAAAGAAACGGCAACAACAAUCCGCGAUUUCGACUUCUCCUCAAGCCAGCCGCCCUCAGACUCACACAACAUCUUGCCAACAUGACGGCUGGUGGCCCAAAAUCCAAGGUCACGCAGAAUGUCCAAGAUGCAAUGAGAGUUGAACCUAUCUGCUGCAAUGGCCCCACUGUUCAAUGAAGGCAUGCACGCGAUGUCAAGCAACAGUGCGGCCGAGGCGGGGACACAACAAUGCAGCGAGGACGCAUCGUCUACGGAUCAGAACACCAAGCCCAACGACUUACGACUACGACUAGUUGGUUUGGUUUGGCUUGGAAUACUUCGUUGGAACCCGUAUACAAUAACGCGAGAGUUGGUGAUUGUUCUGGCAUGCUUGGAUAUGUUUCGUUUCAACAUUGGAAUAUCUCGACGUCGACGUGACCUACCGCUGACUGCAUUCUGCACACGACUUGUCUUCUUAUUUGUUUGUUAGGCU